UACUCCCCUCGAUAUAUCGUAGGUAAAACAAGAAAACAACGCUGUGAGGAGUACUAUACAUAGUACAGUACUACUCGUACUGUAGUGAUGUACUGUACACGGUACAUUUGCAGGUACUGAGUGAGUCAUCAAAGUGUCACUGUUUGUGGCUCGGAGGUAGCGUUACGUAGGGGGGUGUUUCAAGUAUUACGACAACAACCUGAGCAGUACCAGUGGCCACCGCGCUUCCUGAUCUGAAAUCAAGCUAACUUAGCUAGGUGACGGCUGUGUGGAGGACGCCGAAGGUGAAAAGAAAAGUUGAGGAAGCGGUUCUCUAACUAACAGCCCGGUCUAGCGAGCUGUUUUUGCUAGAUAAUUCGGAUUAAGUUGUGUUUAAAGUACGAGCUCUGGCGAUGUCUUUGGCCGAGCAAAGCCAGCAGUGGUUUCCCACCAGCGUACAGGUAACGGUGCACCAAGCCCGGAAUCUGCGCAUCAAGGGGAAGAAUGGCACCAACGACGCCUAUGCUAUCAUCCAGGUGGCUAAAGACAAGUUUUCUACCUCUGUUGCCGAGAAGUCUGUCGCUCCUGUCUGGAAAGAAGAGGCAUCGUUUGACCUGCCGCUAUUCCACCCGGGCAAUGCUGAGCGCUGUACACUGUAUAUCAUCGUAAUGCAUCGAGCACAGGUGGGACUGGACAAGUUCCUGGGCCAAGCGGUCGUCAAUUUACUGGACCUUCACGACAGCUCGUCCCGCAAAAAGACAGAUUGGUUCAAGCUGGUGGAUAAAACUGGAAAGGAAGACAAGGCCCGAGGAGAGGUGCUGCUAGACAUCCAGUUCUUGAGAAACAACUUGUCAGCUAGCAUGUUUGACCUUUCCAUGCAAGACAAACCGCGCUCACGCAUCUCAAAGCUGAAGGACAAAGUCCGUGGGAAAAAAAAGGAUGGAUUCUCUGACUCAGCUUCAGCUAUCGUGCCCUCUGUCAGCCAGGUCCUGACUGAUAGCGAGGGAGAGGCUGAUGCAAAAUCACUCUCUCAUUCUCCAGAGGUCAAAAAGAAAUCCAAGCUCAAAACCCUCUUUGCUCCCAAGUCAAACUUACAGCGUAACAUCUCUCAGUCCAUGUCUACCCUGGGCACUCUCCCUGAGAAGAAUUCAUCUCUCAGUGGGAGCCGCUCCUCUGGCCUCAAUGUGGACUCCCCUGAAGCAGGUAAAAAGAAAUUCAAAUUCCUGGGCCACAAGCGAACGAGCAGCACGGACAGCAAGGUGUCUCAAGGUCCUUUCUCUCUCUUGGGUCGCUCAAAGCAUAGCUCUAAUGACCUGAACAAUCUGUGCAUCAACGGCAGCCACGUGUAUGCAGAAGAGGCAGAGCCCAAGACUGGAUCUACUCUCAGCCUGAACAGCUCAGGCCAGGGCUCUGUGGAGGAUGUCCGCAGACACAACUCUGAUGUCUCUGCAGAUUCCCUGAAAGGCCUUUCAGUCCCUUCUUACAGACGCGAGUCUACAGACAGAGCUUUGCUGGAGCAACAGCGGCAUCAAGAGGAGGAAGAGAGAAGGCAGGCUGAAGAGAAACGUAGAGCAGAUGCAAAAAGGCUGGAAGAAGAGGAGAAAAGCAGGGCAGAGGCCAAGAGACUGCAGGAGGAAGAGGAACGCAAAUACCAGGAAGAGCAGGAAAGGAGGAGACGCUUCCUUGAGGAUGAAGCAAGGAGGAACAAACUGAAGGAAGAGGAGGAAGAGAGGAGGAAGCAAGAGGAAGAACGCAGGAUGUUGGAAGAAGCGGAGAAUCGGAGACUUGAAGAGGAGCGUCACAGACUAGAGGAGCAGCAGAGACAAGAGGAAGUGCAAAGAGCAGAGGAGCAGAAAAGACAGGAGGAGGCCUCCAUGAGUGACAGGCUCUCCUCUCUGUUUGGAAUGAUCAGAAAGAAGGAGGAGAAAAAGGAGGACGUGCAGCAGCAGAGUGGUAAUGGAGAGGAGCUACCCAGAGCAACCCCUCACCAUGUCUCAGAAGAUGUUGAGGUACCUAUCUCUCAUUCCACCAACCCAUUUGAGGAGAUUUCCCUCAGCUCAGAUCCCCAAAACUCCAGCGAUGAGCUCCCAGUGGAUCAUCAGAAACCUGUGCGAAACCCACAAACCCCCUCUGCUAUGGUCUUCCUCAACCGUACUGCAAAAGUGUCGGCAGUGAAACCAAGAUUGGCCGAAUCUCUGAAGCCUGCACACAGUGACUGUCAAACCCAUAGUCAGCAGUGUCCUCCUUCCCCAGCCACCUCUGAAUCCACCCUCUCUAGUGUCCCAUCGGAGUCCCCUGUUAUUUUCUCAGAGCUUCACUCAUCUCUGGCUCCCCCCAGAAUAAGGCACAGCUCCUCUGAGUCCCCACGUGGCAGUACAGAGAAUUUGUCCUCUGUGGGAUCUUCUCCGACCAUGUCUGAGACGAAGCGAAGAGCCCCCGUACCACCUAACUAUGCUGCACAUGGAUUCAACUCUGGAUUAUCCUCACACAUAGAAUCACCCUCAAGGAAUAGUGACCUUGUCACUAUCAGAGAGAUUGAGAACCCUGCAUAUGUUGAGGCAGAUGGAUCACAGAAUUACAAAAGACCAGCUCUACCACUUCCAGACUAUGAAAGCCUAUACCCCCAGAAGAGACAUGGAGUACAAGGGUAUACUCGAUGGGACCAUAUCAUUGCUGAGGUGAAUCAGAGACAGAGGGAUAACCCACCUCACACUCUUAGCCAAGAGAUGAGUGUGGAUGGCCCAGAGGAACCUGCACCUACUCGAAGGUCCUCUCUCAUGCAGGAGAGGCCUGCUGUGCACAGUCAUCAAACACAGCAUCAGGAAGCCAAACCUGUCUCGACAAAAAAGAUACCUGCCCCCCUUCCCCCUAAACCAGUAGCUACUACGCACCCUCAAUCAGUAGCAGCUUCCAACCAAAACCAAAGCCGAAGCUUUACACAGACUCAUUCAUUUGUAGAGAGGCCUAAUCGCUCUGCAGUUCAGAGAUCCGUGAACAGUACUACUUCAAGCAGUGAAGCUCAGUCAGUGAUGUCCAAAGAUGAAGGGAGGAAGGUGCUGCCCCCAUCUCAUGCAGCUACUGAUCACAUUCUGCCAACAGAAGCGCCCAGACCAACCAGCCAAACAAGUUGGGAUAAAACACCACCACCAAGUGACCAAAAAGAAGUGCUGGUUCUGACCAAAGAAGUACCUACAGCCAGACCCAGACAAAAGGCUCUAGGCAAAGAAUCAAUGAAGCAAGAAGAUCCUGAUGCAGCAGUAGUAGUUGCUACCCAAAACACAAAUAGUGACAAUCAAGCAUUACACAGUUUGGCUGUGAACAAUACAGACAAGAGGUUCAGGGAGGUAAAUGAGAAGGUUGCAGAGUUUGAUCCCUUCCCUAAUGCUGUGCUUCUAGCCAAAGACCCAUGGGCACAACUGGAGCAGAAUCAAGGAGUAGAUGAUUGUUUUACUGGCAAAGUACAGACAGAGAAGAAGCUCGAAGAUCAGGGAAUGACAGCAAAUGAUCUUGAUAAACUUUUUAUGCCAGAUCAUCCAAUAGAUCCUUUCUCUAGUUUAUAUGGCAGCGAUUCAGGUAGCCACCCUGAGCACAAGAAAAAAAACACAGACUCUAGUUAUCAAAGCCCUGCUUUCCAAAGAAAGAAUUCACAGCGGAGAAAGCAACUGCUUCUGUCUCUGGGUCACUCAGAUAACAAAGACACCAAGUCUCAUCAAGAACCGAAACCUAAAGAAGAAACAACCUUAACAACAGCUAAUCACAGCCUCUCAUCCAAAGAAGUUUGGACUGAGUCCAUUACCAGUCCAUCCUUUACACAACAUCCUCAAAUUGAUGUGAAAACACAAAGAACUCUUGAUGGAGGAGAAAGGGUGGAAACUCAGUUUAAGGAAGACCCAUUUGGAGCUGAUCCUUUCAUUGUGCCCUCAUCUUCCCCUAGUCAGACUACCACAGAGCCCCUUCGUGUAGCUAUGGAGGAGUCAGCAUCACAAGCAGGAGGUUUGUCAGGGGGAAAGACUCCUUUGCGAGCCUGGGUCUUGCCCUCUGACCUCAAUGCACAGAAUAGCAAUGGAGGUGGGCUGGCCUCAUUGUCCCGCAGGCCUCAUCCUGUGAAGCCCAUGAGCUCAGUUGAGAACCAGCAUCCCACCAGCAGCCCUGCUGUGAGAGAGAUAAAGGCCUAUGAUGGUACAACAGGGAAAACAAAGCAGGCAGAUUCGGGGGAAAGUGGACCCUACACUCAGCUUACGCAGGAGGAGCUGAUCACACUAGUGGUGAAGCAGCAAACGGAGCUGUCCAAGAAGGAUGCCAAGAUCGUUGAGCUGGAGGACUACAUAGACAACCUUCUGGUUCGAGUCAUAGAGGAGAAACCCAGCAUCCUGCUCACCCUGAGCUCUGGCAAGCCAGUGUGAGGUAAAGAAGCUGGGAACAAUAAAGUUUCACUGAAGCUCCCAGUGAAGUUUCUUCUGUGCUUUUGUAUUGUUGUCACUGUGUGCUGAGAAACACAAUCUCUACAAAGGCCUUAUUUCCUUAGAGUAUAUGCACUUUUUCAGUUUUUUUUUUUCAGUGCUAUAAAGUUGUCUUUGAAGUUAUGAAUAAAUUGAAGUAACAUCAUGACAAACUACUAAAACUAUUUAGACAAGCAUCUGGCAAUUGUUUUGACACUAAGGUACUGGAAUUUGCUUUCAAAAUACUUGCUUCAUGAUAGCAUAUUCUGCAUCUUGAUUUUUAAACUUGAUGAAAGAUUGUUUGACCUUAUAUAUAUUUGUGAUGCAGAGAAUAACAGGAAUUAUUAUCUCCAUGUUGGCUAUACACUGGCCUUUGUCUUAAUUUAUUGCUCUCUACUGAUCAAAUACCUUAUACCAUUCCAAAUGUUUGCACCAUUUGAGGUCUGAAAUGUAGCAUUUCCUUGUAGGAUUGAAUUUGCAGUCAGUUGUUUAUUUUACUGGCCUAAUAUUUCUGUGUACCAAGAGUACUUUUCUGACUGCUUACCAUGAAUUAUGACUUAAUCACGUAACUCAUCAAGUGAGUAAAGAUUAAGAUUGUUUGUGGUACAGGUGUGCAUAGCUGGAAUGAAAGCUCAUGUUGCUCGAUAUCAGUUUUCCAUCCAACACUGAAGUCUUACAUUUUUUAUUUGUUUUGUCAAGGCUUUUGACAAAUGUGUCCAGAAAUAGUUUUUACCAUACAAUAUUCAACAUUCCUCCCCCAUUUUACUUACAUCAAUUGAACAUCACCUAUUCUUCCAAUAUUUUAAGUACAUUCUCCUAUUUCUGCUUUAAAGAUGUAUGAAUUAGAAAACCAGCAAUAAAUAAGCGCAGCCGUCAUUUAGUUUUCUACUGUACACACUUUGAAUUUAUGAAAGUGGUGUAGAAAUGACACUAUUCUAGAGAGACACUGAUUCAUGUGGUUCCAUGGUGCCCACUACUGUUGGUUAUUCCCUGUGAGCACAAUCUUUUUUCUACUUAAAAAAUAUUCAUGCAGCUCCCAAGCGUACAUACUUAUGUGAAAUAUUUAUACAAGUUCAAAUAGUACAGAGUCAUGAAUGAAAUGAUCUUCUAAUAUGAAUGUGAGGUUUUAAGCAUUAUGAAUGUAGUUUUAUGUUUAAAAACAAGGGGAAAAAAUAAGAGAAUCAAUGCCUUGUGAUUAAUUACAUCAAUAUAGCCUUAUAAUCCAGCCUUUAUCUUUGAAUGUAAUUUUACUACACUAAUGAACAGAUCAUGCAACUAUGCCUUUACAUUGUGUAAUGUAAUGUCAUAGCAAUAAUUACAGCAAUAUUAAUGUUUAGAAUGCUCUGACCUGUGCCUUGUAAAACUCUAAUUCCAAGAUUGUCAAUUUUGUCAUGACUGUUAAGUCUGAUCCGCUGGACAUUUGUAGGCUACCUCUUUUCUUUUGCUGGAGUGAGAGCUCAGAGAAUGUGCUGAAUGUAAAGUUCGAUGCAUUAUGUGACACAAAACCAACAGUAGAUGUAAAACGUCUCAAAGAAAUAUUGCAUUGCAAACUGUGCUUGUAAUUGAAAUAAAAAGACACUCACCAAACUGUUUGUGUCUGUUACAUAUUAAUCAUGUUUUUGUUUUUUGUUUUUCACAUAUAACCACAAUAAAGACUUGAGUAGAUGGA